AAAAAAAAAAAAAAAAGACGAACAAUUUUCUGCCGUCGAUUUACCCCCUUUUUUUUUUUUUUUUCUUUUUCUGCGUGUGAGGGGAAAAGUAUCCAAUCUGUGUUGCGGAAAAUGCCGUAUGUGGACAAAACGGAGGAGUUUUUCAAAGCGGUUGAACGGCUGAGCAAUGAGAACUUCGACUUUAGGAAGGAUAGGAAUGUUGGUCAAGACACGGAGGUGAAUGAGUUGGCAUCGAAAAUCACGGACCUGCUGCACAGGGGCAACCAAAAGUUGCAGCAGUUGGAAAGAUGUGUUCGACAGAAGGGAAUAUUCAACGACAAGACUUCGCAAAUAGAAGAGCUAACUUACGAAGUUAAGCAGACCAUAACGGAUGCUACCAACGACGUAGAUGCGCUGGUGCAGUAUGUCUGCAACCUUAAUAUUAGCAACCCACAAGGAAGGACGCACCUGGACAAUAUUAUUUUCUCCCUAAAGAAUCGCCUUUUUGAGUUUACGAAGAAAUUUAAGGAUGUAUUGCACAUUCGGAGCGAGCACAUAAAAAAACAAGUGAAUCGCAGAAACAUGUACUCCUACACGACGACCGAGUCGACAUUCAGCAACGCCAACUACAAAUUCACACCCCUUCGGGAUAUAGACAUUGAGAGUGGGCAGCAACAAACCCUGAAGAUGCCUGAGAGGACGUCCUAUUUGCACUCCAGAGCGGAUGCCAUGGAAAACAUACAAAAGAUAAUCGGGGACCUAGCACAGAUGUUCCAGAAGGUCGCAACGAUGGUCACUCAGCAGGAUGAAAUGAUUCGGCGGAUCGACGAAGACAUUGACACUUCCCUUUACAACACGAGGGAGGGGCAGAACUACCUCCUGUCGUACUUCAACCGGUUGACGUCCACGCGGACACUCAUAAUACAGAUUUUCGCCUGCAUUUUCAUCCUGAUAGUUUUUUUUGUAUUGUUCACGUGAGCAGUCUCUUCGUCUGGACAGCGCAAGGAAGUCCCGCCAUGUCAUUUUUAUUUAUUCCUCCGUUGUACCACUCAUUGAUGGAAGGAACAUUCAAGGCCCCAAUGUAG